AUGGAAUCAUUCAAAACCCAACUCCUUGACAUUGCUUUGGAAAUUAACGCUUUGAAAUUCGGUGAAUUCACCUUGAAGUCCGGCAGAAAAUCCCCAUACUUUUUCAACUUGGGUCUCUUUGCCAAUGCUAAGGACUUGAAGACCUUGGCUGAAUCAUAUGCCAACACCAUCAUCAAGUCCAAGCUUCAAUUUGACGUGUUGUUUGGUCCAGCUUACAAAGGUAUUCCUUUGGCCGCUUUGGUUGCGGUCAAGUUGUACGAGUUGGGAGGUGAAGACUACGCCAACCUUAGUUUCUCCUACAACAGAAAGGAAAAGAAAGACCAUGGUGAAGGGGGAAUGAUCGUCGGUCCAAGUUUGACUGGUAAGAAAGUCCUUAUUAUUGACGAUGUUAUGACUGCUGGUACUGCCAUUAAUGAAGCUUAUAGUAUUAUCAAGAAUGAACAAGCCGAGGUUGUGGGUAUUGUCACCUCUUUGGACAGACAAGAGGUCGCUCCAGGUUCUGAACUCAGCACCACUGCCACCGUUUCCAAAAGAUUCAACGUUCCAGUGUUUUCCAUCAUCACCUUGGCCGAUAUUGUAGCUUACUUGAAGCCAACUUUGACUGCUGAACAAUUACAGAACAUUGAAAACUACCGUGCUCAGUACGGUGCUAAAGAUUUGGAAUAA